AUGGAAAGCUCGUUUCCGAAUGUCAUGAAUCCAUCGGAGAGAAGCGACUUGGGGGCGCCGCCGAUGGUUGUCCAGCAGUAUGCAAGGUAUCCACCUACAUUGGAACCUGGAUUACAUAGCGCUUCCUCUCUAGGCAGUGCUCGCAGCCGGAUGGCGGCCUCCAAAUCUCCCCCACUUCAUCGCAAAGCAACUCCGCGCAGUAUACAAUCCUCGCCGACAGUUCCGCGACCGGUCAUUCCCCCAUCAUCUGCUGCACGCUCGGGACCGUCGAUGUCCCCUCCAGUGUACGAUCCUCUCCGCCAGAGACAACCGCCUAGAGAGUCCCUAGACCAAGCAGAGUCGCGAUCGCUGCCAUCUCGUGACAUUACAGAUGAAACCAUUGAUGACGCUUACGUGAUGUUCAUUUUCUAUUGUAAUCCAAAUGUGCCUCUGUCUGUAGACACUAGCGAGCUACGAAAGACUUUCCGGUGUCCCCCACGGAGUGACGGCAAAAGCUUUAGUAUCUUCACGCUUUGGGAACUUAUUCGGAAAUUAGACAGCAAAGAGUUGAAAACAUGGAUAUCUUUGGCGACCGAGCUUGGAGUGGAACCGCCUGAUUUGGAGCAGGGCCAAAGCACGCAAAAGGUUCAGCAAUACGCUGUUCGCCUAAAGCGUUGGAUGCGGGCGAUGCAUGUUGAUGCUUUCUUUGAAUACUGUCUCGGCCAUCCUCAUCCUUACUAUACUCAGCUCCCCGCCAACAAUGCAGUGGUCAGCGAGAGCCGCGAUGGAGUCCCUUUAGAAGAAGACUUGGCGUUACGAGCCCUCGUCCCUCAGUGGAAGCCCAAGCGAGGCAGAAAGCGAGCGGAAGAAAGGGAGAGUAUGAAUGAUCGAUCAUCCAAACGGCCACAGCUCGAUACCUCUGUGGGCAUCUUACACACGAGUACAUUUCAUGCCCACUCGGCGACUUUUCCUCAGAGUGCAAUUCCAUUCAGCGCCUUCCCUGAAGAGAUCGAGCCAAAUGACCCGUGGAUAGCAGCCACAUCCUCAUUUGGAGCGAAUGGACCGUCAGGAAACCCGGUCGCUCAACAAGGCCAGGAUCUUCGGUGGAGAUCAGUUGAACGAGAGGCUUCACCUUCAAGUUACCCGCACUCUGCAAUUCUUCCCAGGGGCCACCAUCCAUCCGACGUAUUUCUUCCUCCUACGGAGCCUCGGUCAGCAGUUACGCCGUCCUCCGAGAAGUCACGCCCUAAACGGCGUCAUGGCCCAGCUGUUUCAUCUGCGUGGCCCACCAACAAUGGAUCGUCUACUGGGAAAACUCGGGGACGACCUCCCGGUCGCGGGACAACAUCAGGUCCCUUUUCCUCUUUUCCAGUGAACCCUAGUCGCUCCGAGCCAUCCCAUUUACACAGCUCCAAUGCAAGACCUCCUUCCAUUGUUUUCGACCAGGACCCUUCCGGUCGCUAUUCCAACGCUCAAUACCAACAAUCUCCUACACCCUUUCCUGGCGGUAACAGACCAAACAAACUUCAGCUGCAAGUCCCUCAGCACCCAGGCGCGCCAGUCCGUCUCGCGACACCGCCAACGCUAAUGGUGAACGGCGUCAACAAUGCAUCUUUUAAAAUUGAGGGACACCAGCGUAACAGCGCUUCAGCUCCGCCGCACGACACCCCUGGCGCAGCAACAAACGCGCCAACUGGUGCACAUCGCAGUACCGACCCGAAUGUGGACAUUUCGUCGGAUGAGCUUGUCCGUGUGCUCUCUAGUGACUUGCUGCGCGGAAAAGUAACUGGUCGUCCCACUCCUUUAAGUGUCGAAGAAGCCCGAACACUCUCUUUGUCCAUGGUCGCUAAUUUGACUGCUUCAUAUUCUCAAUUGCCUUUGGGGAUGCCAGUUCUUUUGUCAGCUCUGCAUCUCGGGUUAGGGCAGCAUUUUGGUUACCCUGGGGUAACGGAGAGUGUGAUGACAAUAGAUAUUAAAACGGCGACUGCGUCUUCCGUCGAUGCACCAGUGUCAUCUAGCAAUGAGCAACGCUCGUCAAAUUUCACCUAUGCUGUUUCUCAGGAAUAUAAGCAUGGGCUUCGUUUCUCGACGAAGGUCACUUACGGUGAUUUCAAUAUCAGCAAGCUGGAAAAUAACAAAGCCGGAAAUGCGCCCGGGGUGACAGAGGACCUUGACAAUAGUGUCGCAGAAGUGAAUAGCUCGACAGAUGGCGAAUUCGAAGUGGAUGGUGCAGAGAAUGCUGUCCCUGAGUUAACCUGGAAACAACGGUAUAUAAAGCUUCGCUCCCAGAUGCAGAAAAAGGAGCGUGCCCUGUCCCAGUACAAGCGCAAGAUUCUGGAGUCUGUGAUGGCAGACAUCUAA